AUGAGCUCUGGUUCGAAAGCAAAAGUCAUUCAAUCGCUCAAGAUCGAUUCCGGUGCUCCAGAUGGCCCCUCCGACAAAGGGAGCAAGGCUGCUAGCAAAAUCCCCAAAAUUAGGGCCACCCACAACGCUGCGAAAGACCGGCCCAAAUCUACCCCAAAACUGCACGCUUUGGGCAAGGUUCCGCAAUACAUUCUAAGGCUGCGGCCAAAAUCUUCCAGCAAUGGUGAGCAAAUUAAGGUGGAAUGUCCUCCGAGUGAGGGGACUGAUUCUACAAAGCUGGAAUUGAAUAAAGAGAAAGUAAUCGAAACUACAAAUCUUGAAGGGAAAGGAUCGUCUAAAAAGACGAUUAUAGAACAGAAAAAGGAUGUCAUUGAAGAGCUAAGUCAAUACCUCCAAGCAGCAAGGAUCACCCCCUGCGACGAACCAGAGCUCACCAUAGCGAAGCUACGACGUGAGCUAGCCCAAAAGAAUGCCGUCCUCGUUGAGAAUCGCAAGCUCAACUUUAAAAUUGAAGCCCUCGAGAGGCAGCUAAUGCAGGAGGGACAACGACUGAACGAUAAGGACCAGCGAAUCCUUAAGCUGCAGCAGGAAUCACUUGGAUUGGGCGAUAAGAUUCGGGAACUGAGGAAAACUAUGACAAAAUUUCAGCUAGAUUUGGCAGCAAAAGAACGUUUGAUAUCUGAGAAAGACGACCAAAUUUCAAAGUUACAAACUGCUGAGCAAAAUCUCAAAGAUAUGACUGAACCGGGAAAUACUCAAACUGAGCAGACAAAUCAACCAAAUGAAGUAAUUAUCCCACUGGAUGUGGAUAAACCAGAGGACGCACUGGAUGAGGUUCGCAAAAGGAUGCUCAACAUCAUAAAAACUUGCAAGGAAACGUUCAAAAAACAUUGCGAUGACUUCAGCAGACUUGAUGGGGUUAGUGACGCCGAACAGCAGCGAUUCAACGCGAUUUUCGAAACACUGGCCAACAAGCAGCGCCAGUGUUGCCAGCAAGAGGACGAAAUUAGAAGUCUGAGUAGGAAAAGCCAGCGAUGCAGAGCUCAGCGAACCGAGCUGUUGGGGGUGCUGAAGAAGCUCAUGGACGAGAACGAGCAGUUGAGGAGUGCAACGGCGAGAAGUUCUAAAGAGUCAAAAGUGUUUAAAAUUUUGAAAGAAUCAACUUCAACUGAGGGGAAUGGUGACGUUUUUGAGGAUGCUAACAGUGAUGUUGAAAAAUCAUGA